AUGACGAGGGAGCCGGCGGUCACCCUACAUCUAUCAAAGCUGGGUUCUUCAUGGCUAGACCCCAUCACCAGCUUCUUAGAAAACGGCAAACUCCCCGACGACGAAAAGGGUGCCGCGAAACUGAGAAGGGAAGCAGCCAAAUACGCGGUCAUUCAGGGACAGCUAUUCAAGAAAGGGCUCAACCAGCCCCUACUGAAAUGUUUACAUCCCGACCAGACGGACUACGUCCUCAGGGAAGUCCAUGAAGGCUGGUUCGGACACCACAUAGGGGGCAAAGCCUUAGCAAGGAAGUUAAUCCGAGCUGGAUACUAUUGGCCGUCGAUGAUGGCAGACUCUAAAGAAUUCGUCAGAAAAUGUGUCAAGUGUCAAGAGAACGCCAAUUUCCACAAGGCACCGGCCUCCGAGUUAAGCCUGUUAACGUCCUCCCGACCGUUCUCGCAAUGGGGAGUCGAUCUCUUGGGGCCCUUCCCAGUAAUAACGCGAUUCAGGAUUCCAGAGGUCGUUAUCUCGGACAACGGCACACAGUUUACCGACAAGAAGUUCACAGAAUUCCUCACCGGCCUGGGUAUAAGACAGAAGUUCUCCUCGGUAGAGCACCCCCAAACAAACGGACAGGUGGAAUCCGCGAACAAGAUUAUCCUGUUAGGGCUCAAGAAGCGAUUGGAUAAUAAAAAAGGCGCUUGGGCCGAUGAGCUAGCCUCGGUCCUCUGGUCUUACCGAACAACUGAACAGUCCUCCACCAAGGAGACUCCUUUUCGACUGACAUACGGGUUAGAUGCGGUUAUACCCGUGGAAAUCGGGGAACCGAUCCCCCGGCUACUUUUGAAAGGAGUGGAGGAAGCUGUGGAGAAGGACCUAAUAGAUGAAGCCAAAGAAAUGGCCCAUUUGACGGAGACGGCGCUAAAACAAAGAAUGGCCCUGCGCUACAACACCAAAGUGCUCAAAAGGGAGUUUGAACCAAACGAUCUUGUCCUAAGGCGCAACGACAUCGGCCCACCGACCCUUGGAGCAGGCAAGCUGGCGGCAAACUGGGAAGGCCCCUAUAGAAUAAAAAAAGUGAUGGGUAAAGGUGCUUUCAAGUUAGAAAGGCUCGACGGCAAGGAAAUCCCAAGAACAUGGAACGCGAACAACUUGAGAAGAUUCUACUCCUAG